AUGGAACAGGCACACAUAGCCGUGCGUCAUCGGGGACCAUGUGGAGAAGGUCUGUGCGCUUCGUUCACAUGCAAGUCUCCACUAACCUGUGUGGUAGUCAAUGAAAAGCCAUCAUGUGUCUGCCCUCAGUGCACGGACGAACUCAGAGAGAAAAUAUCUGCUUUGAGGUGUGUGCUAGUGACGGUCGUACGUACCCGAAUGAGUGCAAAAUGCGUAAAGCAGCCUGCGACAGCGGUAAGACGCUCUUCGUCAAGUACAACGGAAUUUGUGAAGGAUGCGCGAAGAAGAACUUGUCAGUACUACUCAACCUGUAUCGUAGAGAACGGCAAAGCUGAGUGCCGUUGUCCUACCGAGUGUAACAAAAACGCGUCAUCAACAGGAUCAACACCCGUGUGUGGAACGGACGGGGUCACAUAUUCGUCAGGAGUGCCAUCUAAGGAAGAGCGCCUGUCAGCAGACGAAAUUCAUAGUGGUUGCCUUCGAAGGAAAAUGUUAUACGAAGUUAUACGAAACUGUUAUUUUUAUCUUUCCCACUGGGGUCGUGAUAGCCAUGUUUUUUUACUUCUCAUGAGGGUAUUUCUGGAUGCGUGCAUACAUAUUGAAUGCGGAUUCGGUGAAGAGUGUCGUGGUGGAAAAUGCGUCUGUCCUGCUCCACCAUGUCCUCAUCCACCGCCAGUUCUGCCGUGUCUGUGGAGAAGACGGUGUAUUUGUACGCUUCGGGAUUUGUCAUAA